AUGAACUCGAUAACUCCAGUUGCUCGGUUGGAUGGUCACAAAGGUGCCGUUCUCUGCGUCAAAUACGCCCAAGACUCCAUUCUAGGGGAUCACGUGCUCGCAUCGGGUGCCGAGGACAACUCGUGCCGAUUAUGGGAUCUACGACAAGCGCGAGCCAUCAAAGGAAUUCAAAAGCUUGGUGAUGCGGUCUCCAGUAUUGCCUUUGCUACGCAGAAGCCACUCGUUUAUUUGGCGUCAGGAAAAAAGGUCUAUGCUUUUGAUCUACGAAACGAGGGGCUCAUCCUCAGUACACCAGCACAGGAAUAUGAGUUUAGCGAAGAUGAGAUCAACAGCAUCGAUGUGAGAGACAACUUCCUUGCAACAGGCGAUGACCAAGGCGAUGUCAAAGUGGUGGAUAUGGAUAACAACAAGAUCUACAAGAAGCUCGUAAAGAAGCACAACAGUAUUUGUAUGGCCGUUCGAUUCCGAGCACGUAAACCAUGGGAAGUUUGGUCGGGUGGAAUGGAUUGCCAGCUUUUCCAAUGGGAUUUUUCACGUGGUACACCAAUGAAGAUUACAAAUACGAAUGAAACCGCCCCAGGUCAACAGCAAAUGUUCAAUCCACCCUUUGUAUAUUCACUUGAUACGUCGUCUGAUGGACAAUGGGUUGGAGCAGGUCUUGGUGAUGGAAGCUUGCAACUUGUUUAUGGAGGGAAAAAGGGCAAAACCAAAGAAAUGCGCUUCACGGAUGCACACAAUCACCUUAUCAAUUGCUUGUCAUUCCUGCCAUCCACCAAAGGAAAACCACAACAGCUGCUUUCUGGAUCAGCCAAUGGCACCGUCAAGCUUUGGGAGUUGACUGAUAGCAUAGAUGUUGAACCCAAACAAUCAUACCAACUUGAUUCCACCAUGGCACGUCUCAAUUGGCUCGAAUACUGUUCAAUGGAUGAAGGUCGUUUUGCAGCUGCUGGUGUAGGACAGACAUCAAAUCUAGGCGCUUUGCACAUAUAUUCAAUCGUAUAA